AUGGCCAGAGGCAAUAUCAAGAGGUGGAUGGUCAACCAGACUACCCGGCACAGCUCAGACAUUGUUCAGAUCUCUCCCGCAGGGGUGCUCGGUCGUCCCCUGGUUGUUCUCGUCAACUACCGCGAGGCUCAAGACAUACUCCAGCGACGAGGGGCCGACUUCGACGUUGCCAGCCUGCACAACGAAAUCUUCCGCGGUAUCAUGCCUGGAGCCGCCAUUACAAACUAUACAGAUGAGCAGUAUAACAGUAUUCGAGUCCUGACUCGGGAACUGAUGACGGCAAGUUUUCUCUCCAAUGUGUCGGGACCCAAGCUAUACGCCGAAGCAUCACGCUUCACAAACACCUGGAAGGCAAAAUCCCAAAGAGCCUUGGGCCGGCCGUGGAACGCCUCGCCCGACUUUGAGCGGCUUGCCCUGAACGUGGGCUUCUCCGUCGUGUUUGGGGCAAGGCAGCAGGGCGACGACGAAGCCAUCAGCGGCUCCCUGAGUGGCGAGCCGCUUCACGACGACGCGUCCGAGGCCGUCGACUGCGACGAGCCCAUUGCCUUUGAGGAGGCGCCGCUGCCCGACAUAUUUGCCGCGUCCAGGUUGCAUAGCCAGGCACUGCUCGACGCUGCCCUUGGAGCGCCGCGGCUCUAUUACUUUGCACUCGGCUUCCUGGCCUCGUGGCGGACGUCGCUCGACCUGGUCAACACGUACGUGGGCAAACGAGCCGCAGCCUUUACGCAGGAGCUGGCCAGGGGUGCAAACCCCUGUCCGACAUCGCACUUGGAGGCAGCCCUCAGCAAGGACGCCCGACAACACCGGCGGGCCCGGGCCAAGACGGUGCAGGACGAGGCGUACAGCCACCUGCUCGGCAUCCAUGACACGAUUCCGCACUUCAUGGACUGGGCCGCCGUCUAUCUCGGCAUACAUCAGCACCUCCAACGCCAGUUGCGGGCCGGUCUGCGAGCCGCCUACCCUCAAGCAGCUGCGGAGCAACAGGUCCUCCGAUGCCGACCACCCGUCUCGUUUCUCCUCAGGGAAGCGCGACGCGAUACCACCAUCCUGGGCCACUCCAUCCCAAAGGGCGCCCAGCCAUCAAGCCCCCCGGCAGGCUGGGAGAAGCCCGAGGUGUUCGAUCCGGGCCGAUGGCUGCGCAACGACCCCGAGACUGGAGAGGCCAAGUUCAACGGCCAGAGCGGUCCGUUCUUGGCCUUUGGAGCCGGCCGGCGCGGUUGUUUUGGCAAGCGCCUGGCCUACCUAAACCUGCGAGUCGUGCUGACGCUGCUUGUGUGGUCCUUUGAAUUUGGAGAAUUGCCCGAUAAUAUCAUGACGGACUUGGGCCUUGAACAACACAAGUCGGCGAAGCCCCGGGCAGCCUGGGUCAGACUGCGCCAAGUGUGUUGUUGA